UUGCCUACUAUCCCCAACUAUAGAUACUGGAAAUAUUCCCCAAUAUUAACACAGUUGAAUACAAUUGACGAUUUUAGUUUUCUCUUCCGAUGGUAUUCUUCUUCCAGUUUCCUCUGCUCUGUUGAGAAUGUCCGGAAAAGAAAUGGGUCAUGCAAUAGGGAUUGACCUGGGGACGACUUACUCGUGCGUGGCGGUUUGGCAGCACGAACAUGUAGAAAUCAUAGUGAACGAUCAGGGAAACAGGACUACUCCAUCUUAUGUUGCCUUCACUGAUACUGAGAAAUUGAUCGGCGAUGCAGCGUUUAACCAGAUCAUCAAAAAUCCCACCAAUUCCGUAUUUGAUGCAAAGCGCUUGAUUGGUAGGAGAUUCAGUGAUACCUCUGUUCAAAAUGAUAUGAAGCUCUGGCCAUUCAAGGUCAUUGAAGGUGCUAAUGACAAGCCAAUGAUCAUGGUUACACACCAGGGCGAAGAGAAACAAUUUUCUGCUGAAGAAAUCUCAUCUAUGGUUCUCACAAAGAUGCGAGAGAUAGCUGAAAAGUAUCUGGACUCAACUGUGGAAAAUGCAGUUAUAACUGUCCCCGCUUACUUCAAUAACUCACAGCGUGAGGCAACAAAAAAUGCUGGAGUCAAUGCAGGUUUAAAGGUGAUGCGCAUUAUCAAUGAACCGACAGCUGCGGCCAUUGCUUAUGGCCUUGAGAAACAGGCUGGUUGGUACGGGAAGAGAAAUGUGAUGAUAUUCGAUUUGGGUGGUGGCACAUUAGAUGUAUCACUACUUACCAUAGGGGAUGGUGUCUUUGAAGUGAAGGCCACUGCUGGAGACACACAUCUUGGAGGUGAAGACAUCGAUAACAAUAUGGUAAACUAUUGUGUUGAUCAAUUCAAGGCAAAGCAUAAUUUGGAUGUCAGUGAAAAUCCCAAGGCUCUUAGGAGGUUAAGAAAUGCUUGUGAGAAGGCAAAAAGGAGACUUUCAUUUACGUCCACGAUUGACCUUGAAGUUGACUGCUUAGAUCGAGGUACUGAUUUCUUUAUCACAAUUACUCGUGCCAAAUUUGAACAAAUGAACAUGGAUUUCUUCAACAAAUGUAUGGAGCCGGUGAACAAGUGUUUGAGGGAUGCUGAUAUAGAGAUAAGUAAUGUUCAUGACGUUGUUCUUGCUGGUGGCUCUUCUAGAAUUCCCAAGGUGCAGGAACUAUUACGGAAUGUCUUCAAGGGGAAGAAGCUGUGCCAGAGUAUUAAUCCGGAUGAAGCCGUUGCACAUGGAGCUGCUGUUCAUGCUGCAGUCUUGAGUGGGAAAGGAGAUGGUAUACUUCAAGACUUCACUCUCUUAGAUGCUACCCCUGUCUCACUAGGAGUCGCGAUUGCAGGCAAUUUCAUGCGAAUUGUGAUUCCAAGAAACACCAAAGUUCCUGUAAUUAAGAACCGGACUUUUACUACUACGUGUGACAACCAAGUUAGUGUCCGCUGCCACAUUUAUGAGGGUGAGAGUGAAAGCACCUUAGAUAAUAACUUUCUGGGUGAAUUUCGGCUCCGCGAUAUUCCUCCAGCUCCUAGGGGUGUUCCUGACUUCGAUGUCUGCUUCAAUAUCGAUGCAAAUGGUAUCUUGAGUGUUUCCGCUGAGGACAAGUCUACUGGUCAGAAGAAUGGGGUCACAAUCAACAGUAACAGAACAACUUUUGAGGGAAUUGAGAAGAUGAGCUAAGAGAUAAUCAUUUUGGUUUAUGAUUUGAUCUUCAACAGCUGUAGCAUUGUCAUUAAGUUUCGUACUUGAAUUUUUAAGCCUCUAUUUUGAGACAGUUCUGUUGUUUAAUGAUAGAAUAUCUGGGGAAGUGUAGUAGCUGAGGGACAGGGCUUUGCUUGUUUGAUAAUUUCUUCGUGAUGCUUCGUGAUCACAUACAUGCCAUUCAUCUCUGUUUGAACAUUGAACUUAAAUUAGUACUUAUGAGCUUCCUCAUCUAUUUCCUGUGGAAAUUCCUAAAUUGGAUGUCUGCUUUGAAAUUGAUGCAGACGGCAUCUUGAGUUUUUCCGCUGAGGAAAGGUCCUCUGGUAAGAAGAAAGGGAUCUCAAUUAUGAAUGCGAUCACAAAUCAACAGUAGCAGGACAACUUCUGACGCUGAGAAGUGAUCAUUUUGGUGUUAUAAUCAUAAUACAAGCGAGAUGAUCUAGAGCUAGCUGUCGCUUUAUGAUUAUGUUAAUUUCCACUGGUUGUGUCCUUCGAUGAUAGAUUUAAAUUCUGGGAAGUGAAGUAGCUGUGGAGGAGCUAGCCCUUUGCUUGGUUAGUACAUUGUUGGCACCUGAAUCCUGAUCAUACAUGUCCUUUAGUUUUCUCUUUUGCAAAACUGAUAUAUCUGGACCAACCUUAAACUUCAAAUCAAUAAUCAAAAGUUAAUUUCUUCAUCA